GGGAGAUUGUCAUCUUCGUCUGUCAACACGCUUGAGUUUCAUCAACCAUGGCGUCCUUGUCAGCCCCUUUGUCGUGUCUCCUUACCCACAGGGUCUCGCUUCAGAGGGCCACACGUCUUUGUUGUCACGACCUAAAGUCUUCCCACCACAGGGUUGGUGUGUGGAAACGGAAUUUCGGCGCGGUGGACCGUGGACGUGAUGACCUGUUGUCACGACAAGCUAGCUCUCGUCUGACGACCGCCUACCCAUCUUCAUCAACUGUAUCCAGCUCCCCUGAGAGCCUGUGGUCUGUGUACAAUGAGACCAAAAAAAACACAGAAGAUGUCAUACCGUCUAUCACCAGCACCUCUGUCAGCCCCGACACCAUCUUCGCCAACAACGAGAUGAGCCUCAGGGACAUUGAGAUCUAUGGCUUCGACUACGACUACACAUUGGCCUUCUACUCCAGUCACCUCCACACCCUCAUCUUCAACAUAGCACGGGAUAUCCUCAUCACUAAGCACAGGUAUCCAGAGGGCAUACGGAAUUAUGAGUAUAUCCCCAAUUUUGCUGUGAGGGGACUUCACUAUGAUGUCCAGAAGGCACUGCUGAUGAAGAUUGAUGCAUUCCACUAUAUCCAGCUGGGAACCGUAUACAGGGGUCUUCAUCCAGUUCCUGACGAGGAAGUCAUCGCCAUGUAUGAAGGCUGCCAUGUCCCUCUGGAGAUUAUGAGUGACUUCUAUGGCAAGAGUUCUCACGGCCACAGCAUGAAACAGUUCAUGGACAUCUUCUCCCUACCUGAGAUGACCCUCUUAUCGUGCGUCAACGACUUCUUCAUGAAGCACAACAUCGACUAUGAGCCGGUGCAUCUCUACAAAGACGUGAAGGAAGCCAUCAGAGAUGUUCACGUCAAGGGUAUUAUGUACCGAGCGGUGGAGGCAGAUAUUGGCAAAUACAUUUGCUACGGUGAGCAGAGCCAUGCUGUGCUGAAGAAGUUGUCAGAGCAUGGGAAGAAGAUGUUCCUCAUCACAAACAGCCCCUUUGACUUUGUGGAUCGAGGGAUGAACUACAUCGUAGGGAGGGACUGGAGGGACCUGUUUGAUGUUGUGAUAGUUCAGGCUGACAAACCGAGUUUCUUCAAUGACAGGAGAAAACCUUUCAGGCGUGUGACCGACAAAGGUGCUCUGCUGUGGGACCGAAUACACAGGUUGGAAAAAGGACAGAUCUACAAACAGGGAAAUUUAUAUGAGUUCCUAAGACUGACUGGAUGGAGUGGCUCCAAAGUGCUUUACUUUGGUGAUCAUAUCUACAGCGACUUAGCAGAUCUAACCCUGAAGCACGGCUGGAGGACAGGAGCCAUCAUCCCCGAGCUGAGGAAGGAAAUCAAGAUCAUGAACACAGAGCAGUAUGCGCACAUGAUGAGCUGGAUGCAGGCGCUGACUGGCCUCAUUGAACAGAUGCAGGUAUACAGAGAUGCUGCCUCUCAAGCUGUGGUGGAGGAGUGGAUACGAGAGCGAGAAGCCAUGAGGCCGCACACCAAGGACAUGUUCAACCCUCAGUUUGGGAGUCUCUUCCGCACCUACCACAACCCCACCUACUUCUCACGGCGCCUGUCGCGCUUCGCCGACAUCUAUAUGGCGUCCAUCAGCUGCCUACUCAACUACGACUUCCAGCACACUUUUUUCCCCAGACGCACUCCCCUGCAGCACGAGUCUUCCAUCUGUCCCGGACGAGCUCCGUCUGGGCCGGACCGCUCCGCUAGCAGCUAAGAAGGUUCAAGUAAGAAAUCCAGGCACAGAUUCCAUUAUGUCCAUGCAGAGGUAGUGCAUUCAAGAAAAUGCAUGAUCUUGUAGUUACUUGGCAACCAUGUCAUGACGUUGAAUUUAUUGCAUUUAUUGUUUUAGGUGCAAGACAAUCAACAAGUGCAUUGUAAAUUGACAGAAUGUAAGAACUGCACUGAUUGUUGUUACUGAUUGUUGUUACUGAUUGUUGUGUGUGUGUGUGUGUGUGUGUGUGUGUGUGUGUGUGUGUGUGCUUCUAAAAUGGGCUUUAUUAAGGAAAGCUGCAGUUGCACAUUCUUAACGAUAGGGGGUGCAACACAUGAACUCAUGCUAGUGUUUCUAUUUUCUGCCGAAAGGGCAUUCUUAUCUAUUCAUAUGUGACAUUUACAUUAUAAACAGCCUUAACUUUUAAUAGUGUAAUGAUGCUAUAUGUAUUAGUAAGUCAGUGCCAUGUGGUCCAUAUUUUGUCAGUAAGCAAUGCACCUUGAUGUACAGUACUGUGUUACUGACUACAUUUCAUGUAGCUGAAUAACUGAACACCAACGCUAUGAUGACCUGUGGAGGCAGCAUAAAUGAGGUUUGUCGUCAUGAAAGUUUACUUUUGACAAAAAGUAUUUUAAUUAUAUGUUAUGUAAACAUGCUGGAAUUUAUUUUUAAGUAUUUGGGGGGGAAUAAAGGGAAGGGAUU